UGCGCAGCCCCUCCCCUCGGGGCCCCGAACCGAGCCCAGGAUUCCCUGUGGAACCCACCCACAACUGGCCACCGAAUGCAGUUCCAAAGCGGUGCGGAGGAACUCCUCGGCUUGGCUGCGCGGACGGACACCCGGCUCAACCCCGGAACCAGUUGGGAGGCCCCGAGGGUGCGCACUGAGGCGCCUGCCAAGGCUUUCUUUCCAGCGCUUUGGGGGGAGUUGGCUCUCCUGGCCCCGCCACAGAGGGAGCCGGAGCGGGAAACUUCCCUUGGCCGCCUUCUUCUGCGAAGUCCCGCUGUCCCAAAGGGAGGAGGAGGAGGAGGAGGAGGAGGAGGGUGGGCCUUCUGAAAAGGAGGGAGGGAAGGAGGGAGGGGGCGAAUGGCGCGGCUCCACCUUAAGCGGCGCAGAGCAGGGAGGCUCCGGGAGGGGAAGGAAGAGGCGGAGGCAACAGCGCCUCCUUAAGCGGCUCGCGGGUCCCGCUCGGGCGGUGCUGCUGCUGCUGCUGGUAGAAAAAGAGGAGGAGGAGGAGGAGGCGGCGGCGCGUGCGGCUGAAGGGAGGGGGAGCGAGGAGAGGAGGGAGCGAAGAGGGAGGAGCUCGCGCUGCCCGGACCAGCCCGCGCGCCACUGCCACUGCCGCCGCUCCUUUUCCUCGCGGCAGCAGCAGCGGCAGCAGCGGCAGAGGAGCGCCUCUACUUGGCGGCGCGCGCUGAGGCUAAGGCCGAGGCGGAGCGGCGCGCGGGGCCCGCGGAGCCCCCAAAGGGAGGGAGGAGGCGGCGUCGGCGGCCCUUCCCCCUCCUCCUGCUUCUCCUCCGCCUCCUCUUCCUCGGCCAUGGCGGGCCCCGCUCCCCCUCCGCCGGGCCAGGAGGCGCCCCGCUACCAGGAGUGGAUCCUGGACACCAUCGAUUCUUUGCGCUCUCGGAAGGCGCGCCCGGACCUGGAGCGCAUCUGCCGCAUGGUGCGCCGCCGCCACGGCCCGGAGCCCGAGCGCACCCGCGCCGAGCUGGAGAAGCUCAUCCAGCAGCGCGCCGUGCUCCGCGUCAGCUACAAGGGCAGCAUCUCCUACCGCAACGCCGCCCGCGUCCAGCCGCCCCGCCGCGGGGGCACGGCGGCCACGGCAGCGCCGCCCAACGCCACCAACGCCAACGCCGCCGCCCCGCAGCAGCAGCAACAGCGCCCGGCCCGCGCCUCCCCGCCCAGUGCUGCCGCCGCGGCGCCCCGGUCUUCCCAGCGCGCAGCCCCCGCCACACAGCCACAGCCGCCGCCCCCUCCGCCGCCGCCUCCGCCUCGUCGGACCGGACGGGAGCGCCCCGCGCCGCCUGCCCCCGCCUCCUCCUCCUCGUCGUCGUCGUCUCCCUCCCCGGCGCAGGAGGAGCCCGCCCCGGUCAGCCUGCGGGAGAUCGCGCGCUACUUGGGCGGCGAGGGCGGCGCCGCCGCCUCCGCCUCGCCCUCCCCGGGGCCCGGCCGGGUGACGAGGGGCCGCGCGCAGGGGCUGCUCCUGCUCCAAGAGGAGCGCCUCGACAAGAGCCGGCUGGGCGGAGGGAGUAGCGGCGGCGGGAACAGCGCCCUCGCCUUGCCCAGGGCGGACUCCAGGGGCGCGCAGGCCCGGGCGGCCGCCCCCGCCUCCUCCUCCUCCUCCAGGGCGCCCAGGAACAAGAAGGUUGGUGAGGAGGUCAAAGGUGAAGAGGAAGAGGAGGACGAAGAGGAAGAAGAAGAGGAUGAAGUCUCCACGAUGUCAGAAGGCUCAGAGGUGGCACAAGAGUAUGAGGCCAACAACUACACCCGACCUGGGAUUGGCCAGCUGAACGGGGACUGUAAGGACAGCAGACAUGGCGGGAAAGAGAUUCUGCCCAGCAGUGGCCUCAACAGAGACCUGCGCUCCCUUGAGGAGCUGCCCUUGAGCAAAGGAUUGGAGCGGUCCUACCAUGAAGGAAGCGGGCCAUGCCACACAACAAAGGCCUCUUGGCUGGGAGAAAGUGCCUGUCGUCAUCUGGGAAGUGGCAAGAAAGAGAGCAGUGCUGCCUACCAGCAGCCAGACAGAGCAGUGUCACCAGCUGUUGCAGGUACUGAUCCCUCUGUGCCCUCUUCUCCUGGGAGACCAGGCAUCCAGGCAGAUGGAAGACCAUUCAGCUGCAUCUCAGUGAAGGAGAAGCCUUCUGAUCCAGUGGAAUGGACUGUGAGCGAUGUUGUGGAUUAUUUCACAGAAGCUGGAUUUGCCGAACAGGCAUCUGCCUUUCAAGAGCAGGAGAUUGAUGGGAAGUCUCUGUUGCUGAUGCAACGCACUGAUGUGUUGACAGGCCUGUCCAUCCGUCUGGGUCCUGCCCUCAAGAUCUAUGAAUAUCACAUCAAGGUGCUGCAGCAGUGCCACUUUGAAGAAGAUGAGGGUGAUUCCUUCAUGGGCUGAGGAAAAUGGGCGCAUUUUGUGAUGGGGUGGGAAAGGGGGACAUACUGAAAUGUAACGUGGACUCCUCCAGCUGCUACUCUCUUAGUCAUUUCAACCUCCCUCUGACUUCUUGAGAGCAAGACAAUGUCAAUGUAGGAAGAGCAAAAACUUUAACCAGAUGUGAGAGUAGGGAAGCAGAAAUGAUGAACACACUGGCCUUAGGCCUUUUGAACCUUGAUUGACCAGAAGGGGCAGAAAGGCAAGGUUGGGAGGCCUGCAAAAUCAUUUUCUUCUCCUGCCCUGUAUUAUCUAUUCCAAGCUGUUUUCACUUACCAUAGUGCAUUGUCUGUAUUGGGAAAGGUAGGAGAGAAGUAUGGUUUUGUUCUCCUCUUCCCAGCCUCAAUUUAAUUGAGAUAGUAUGUGCUUCAGCUUCCCUCUCUGCUUUCCCUGCUCCCAUCACAGUAGCACUUGAUGGCUGGCCAUAGCUUCCCCCUUCCUUUUGCUGUGAUUGACAAGACAAAAAUAGAGCCUGUUGGAGGUGUCAAAAGGUUUUAAUCAAAUACUUUAUUCUCUUUUCUGUUUGGGUAGGCUUUUCUUCCAGUUUCCAUGGUCAUUACCCAAAGUCAACUGCUUUUUAUUAUUAUUUCUUCCUUCCCAUUUGAAAAAAAUAUAAAUAUUUAAACUGGAAAAAAUACCUGAUUGGUUUAAUAAUCCCAGAACUGUCAGUUUUGUUGAAAAGGUUAACAGGAUAUGCAUUUAAGGGAUAGAUGUGUGCAUGUAAGGAAGGUGGAAGUUCUGCAUUCUGCUUGUGAGGAAGGAGUGUCAUCUGGUGGUGUUGGUAAUCAAAUGUUUGAUUUUUUUCAAGGGAAAGGGCUAGAAAGAGGGGUAUAAAGCCUAUUCUGCCUACUCUUGAAGGAAUUCUGAGAAAUCCUGAGGAAUUCUGACAGCUUCCAGUUUUGCAAUUGACUGGAGAGUUAAAGUCAAUUAACCAGAAUGAUGACAGAAGGAAUUAUAAUUGUCACAUACACAAAUACACAGCUCAGGUAGUACUCUUACAUAGCAGCUAUAGCAGUCCACAUCAUCAUCAUUAUAAAUGCUUUGUUUUUUUAAUGAGUGGGAAGGACAACUGGUCAGGAACCUUAUUCUCUGUGAAGGAAACAAAUAGGUGGUAGGUUUUGUUACCUAGGAAUGAGCCUCCUUUUUUCACUCUAGUCAGAGUCAUGAAGGUAGGUCAUAGGAAUAUGAGGUGCUGGUGCAGCAUCCAUAGUAAAAUGUGUUCCUUGGCAAACAGCUUGUAAUAAAACUGUUCUGUUUGCUGAGGAAAUACCUGGUAAUCAAAUUAAUGUGAAGCUAAUAUAACUGCAAUAGCUUUGCAUAAAGAAUGCUAAGAAUCAAAACUUCGCUGAGGGUGCUGACAACUCUUGUUUAUCAGAUAUUGGAGCCAUAUAAAGACCUUCAUUUCCCAAGGGUUUCUUGUUUGGGAGCUGUGACAGAUGAAAUCUGAAACUGGUUUAAAUAUGAGAUGUAGACAGGCCUUUACUAUAAUGUGAUAAUUUAUGGAGUGGGCAGUUCACCUGCCCUGCUCUAUUGUUCACAGAACACCCAGAAUUUUAUGUAGCUAAGAUACCUCUUCCCUAUGCAUUCCUAGAAGAGUGCAGAGGUAAAUAGGACACACACUAAAUUUAUGUUUUCAUUUUUUUUUCUUUGGAACCAGGAGGGCUAGAAACCUGCUGUUUUAAAUUUGAAAUCAGAGGUUCUCAAUGUUGUAGCACAAAAGUGCCUCAGGGGCUUACAUACUGUCUGCAUGUUGCCCCCUAUUGCACUAGACCCUAUUAUUUUGUCCAGAGCUGGGAAUAAAAAAACAAGAUUUUUGGGUUCUAACAUGUCUUAUCCCAUGUAUUUAUUCUUUGCAUUAGCACUCAGUUGUCCAAGGACAAUGGUAGGGGGUGAGAUACACUGUAUGCACCAGAGUGGAUGGCUAGUGCAGGUGGAUCUUUGCUUUCAUUUUGUCAGUGGUGGGACUGUUGAACUGAACAUCUCUUUCAGUACACUAUUGUUGACUAGACAGGACGAGAAAAGGAAGAAGAAGCAAUGGGUGCAUUAAUGGUUUGUUUGUGCCAAAAUUUAACCACAGAUUAUAAAGGGGUUUUGAAAAUAAUUUUAUUUUCUAAUUCUGGUUGUGAUGUAUGGCCAGUUAACCUGGACCUGUCUUAGGGCAGGAGAGAGCAAAGUAUGGCUCUCCAAAUGUUGCCAAACUGCAUUUCCCAUUGGUGAGAAGUGCAGGGAAUUGCAAUUCAAUCAGCAUCUAAAGAGCUGCACUUUGGCCUUCCUGGAUUCAGUCCUCUGCCCGCCUUAAUCUGGUUCUCUCAUCCAGAUUUCAAUUAAAUGGAUGAAUUCAGACAGUGCUAAGUUCCUCUGUAAGCCCCAGAUAGAAGUACAUUGUGUUUCUUAUCCUGAAGAUUUUAGUGUAGGGAAAACGCAAGAUGAAGCUUUGCAACACAAACAGGAUUGAGAGAACUCGUGAAAGAGCCAAUACAGCUUCUAGGAUUAGGCACCAAUUUUUCACAGAUGUUCUGUGGGGUAGCCUAACCUAUGCUGGUUUCAAAACUCUUAGUAAAGUAAGUUCUCUGCGUGUUGAACUUUAACAGGCUUAUAUCAUGUCUUUAGAUCAUAACAGCUCUUGGAAAUGUGGAAGGAGAGAUAGCCCCAACAAAGAACAUGCUACAUUGUCACUUGGGCAUGUAGCAAAUAGUUCACAUUGCUUAAUACAGCAUGCUUUAAAUACUCAGAAAAUUGCAUCUUACAGUGGGCAAUAUGUAAAUUUUUGGUGUGUAGACCUCUAAGUAAAGGUAGAUAAACACCAAAUGCUUAGGAAUCAAUAUGUGAGGAGGAAGAAAUGGCAACAUUUUAAAUUCAGUGCCUGAUCAGAAACUGCUGCAUCACUUUGGUUGAUUUGCCGUCCAACACGGAUUUGCUACAAAAAAAUCUGCCUUUACUCUGAUGGAGUGGUGAAAGCUAGGUGCUGGGGCUCCUAGGAUCACGCACUACCUCUCCUGUACAGUUGUUGAUUGACUGAGUUAGAAGAAAUUCCCCCAAACAGUUUUAAACUUGGGUUUCAAUUGGCGAGCAAAAUCACAAAGGCCUCUUGAAGCCAUGUUUCAUAUAAGAAGUUGCAGAAGUGGGCUGCUGUAGAGGAAGGGAGUGAAUGAUGAAGCCAGCAGGGCACGUGGUGAAAUAUGAAACUCAGUGUGCUUAUACAUAGUAAGAAAAACAUUUCAUGAAACAAAGAGGGCCUAUAUUCCCAUCUGAAGAAAACAUAGGUGGCGGUGAUUUUAAAAAGAAAUAUACAUCUUUCAAAUAGACUGCAUGUAAAUUCCCAUCUAUGCUUCAGGUUGCCCUUUUGCUAAAGGCCUGUCUAGUCCAGUUUCCAGAUUGUUGAGCAAGGUAACCAUAGGAAACCUCGAGCAGGACAAGGGCAUAUUUGCACCCUCAUCCACCUGUUCCUUAGCCACUGGUGUCCACAGUAGGAGAGAAGAUGCAGUCUUCAUGCCUGGAAGCCAUCAGUAACUGCCCCUAUCAGAAACUACAUGGAAUAAAAAUAACUCGGGGCUUGGACCCUCUUGUUUUUGGUGAUGAUAGCUGUCCCACACUUGCUUCCUCAGCUAGAGUUCGUGUUAAGUUUCAACAAUGUUUUCUCCCAUGUAGGACUUCUACCUAUAAGUGGCUUGUCUGAAUUUUUGUGCCUCUAUCUACCUUUGCUAUUUUCAGUGCCAUUAGUAUUUAAGAAUUAAAUAAAAGGAAGGAGAGUGAAAAGAAGAAACAACAGCACCUUUAUGGCUAUUUGGUUUUAAUUUUGUUUGUGCUUUUGUGGAUAUAAACCCAUUUCUUCAGAUGAAGUACUGAAUAAUAAUAAAUGUUCAGAUAAAAAGCAUGUUUACAUAGUUGUUGGAGUGGAAUAAGACUGCAUCCAAAGUGGUUUAUGCCCACAAAAGCUAAUACAAAAAAACAAAUCAAAAAACAAAACCCUAGUUAUUUUUAAUACUGUUAUGUUCCUUUUCUUUAUUUUCUUCUUUUUAUGCAGCAAGAGAUUAAUGUGGCUACUUUUUUUUAAAGUAGUCUGUCCUCCAUAUCCAUGAAUUCUUCACCCAUGAACUCGCCUAUCCACAGCUUUUCUUUUCAGAUUUUUAUGUUACUCUAUAUCUCCUCCAUUUUGUAUUAUAUUUGUUCAAAUUGAUUAAGCUUACUUCCAUUUUUAUUAUUUUUACCCAAUUUUGAACCAUUGUUAUAAUUGAAACAGCUUGAAAACAUUCUCCCUCACAAAUCUGAAAGGCAAGCCUUGAUUUUGCCAUUUUAUAUUAGAGGUUCCAUUUUAUUAUUUCACUGUAUAUAAUGGGAUUGAGUAUCCACGGAUUUUUGUAUCUGCUGCAGGUCCUGAAACUAAACCCUAGUGGAAUCAAGGGCCCAUUGUAUAGUAUUUAAGAAGACAUGAGUAUUGAGGUGGGAUUUUAAAAAGGGAUCCUUUCAGAACAAGAGGCAUUGAUUUAGCUUCUGGCACUCAAGAGGUAUAGAAACAGUACUGCCUGCAGCCACAACUUGCCUCCAAAAUCCAGGAUAUUUCUCUGUAGUAUUUGUUUUAGAAGACACACAUAUAUCCAUUGCUUAUGGUUGAAACAACCAUACUGCCCUUUAAUGUGUGCCUUGUGACAAAGGGGCUGCCAAAUUUGUCAUCUAGGAGAAAACAUAAGGAUUUGCAGCUUUUCAAAUAGUAAGUAAAAACAAAUGUUUGGGGAAAUGAUGGAGAUGUAAGAAUUCUCUGUAUUGUGGCGCUAUUGUCGAUUCAAGACAAAAACAAGGAAAGACUGUCCAAUGAA